AGUGUGGUCGUCUGCUGCUGUAGCCCAUCUGCUCCAAGUGUUGUGUGUUCAGAGAUGCUCUUCUGCAUAGCUUGGUUUCAACAAGUGGUUAUUUAAGUAACUGCUGCUGUCUGGCCAUUCUCCUCUGACCUCUGGAUAUUUCUCUGGAUAUUUUCUCUUUUUCUGACCAUUCUCUGCAAACCCUAGACAUGGUAGUGCAUGAAAAUCCCAGUACAUCAGCAAUUUCUGAAAUACUCAGACCAGCCCGUCUGGCACCAGAUAUCUUGACAAUCAGUGGCUGGGAAAAGUGAUUAUUUCUGAAAACACACUCUGGCUGGCCGUUUUGGUUGGCAUGUGAAUGAACAGUGAUGUCCCACAAAUCAUAGAACCAUUAGUCCUUAUUAAUACCAUCUUCUGUAGGUGUAUUUCUUAAAUUAAAUGCUUUUGUUUUUGUAGCGAUGGAUCGGUUUUCUGCAACCAUGUAAAAGAUGUGAAGAGGGAUGAAAGGAUGUUCUUUAUGAGAGCAGACGGGAAACGGCAAACCUGUGAGGCUCAGUUGGCUCCCUGCUGCAGUUUGAAAAUGAAAAUGAAACACACACAUUGCGACUGUCACCUCUGCCAGAACACAUGGCUUGGUGGAUUGAAUGCCAUUAGUGCCCCUGCUGUGUGAGGUAUAGAUUGCAAAGUGCCUUACUGAGCUUACAUGGCUCCUUGUCUGUCUGCCAAAAGUCCAGUCUGGGUUUUCUUCCGCUACAAGUCUUUCUUUCCUUCUCUUACAGCUAACUGAUAAUGGAUCUAUUCCGCAGAGGAGAGCUGGGGCUGCUGGGAGGAGGAGAGGGGCUGAGAGAUGAUGUAGGCAUAUCUGGGAUUAGCUGGUCGGCCAAUCGGCUGCCAGAGGACAUGUACCCAGCGUCUGGAUUGGCUCUAGCCGCCGCCUAUCACGACAUCAAGACGCGCCUGGCGAGUCUGGAAAGGGAGAACAGCAGCAUCAAAAGAAAGCUCAAACACUACGAGGUCAAGUUUCCUGUGAUUGGUGAAUUUGGAGAUGAGAGGAUACCGUGCUGUUCCUGUGAGCCAAUCAUCAAGGAAACCAGUGUGAUCCAAUCAGAGACAACCAACCUACAGCAGAGGGUCAACUCUCUUACUCAGGAGCUCCAGAAGAGUAAGGAGAGAGAAGAGAGGUUGGAAGAAGUCAUCCAGGCUUAUGAGAAGAUUCACUUGGAGAAAAGCAAUGUCCAGAGAGACCUAGACAAGAUGACGACUCUUGCAGAGCAGCAUGUGGAGCGGAUCUGCGGUCUGGAGUCAGCUCUCAGACAGAGAGAAACUUCCCUUCAGAAACUCAGCGCUCAUGUGCGCAGCAAAGACGCACUUCAGUCUCAACUCCACGGCAGCCUGGACGUACCCAGAGAGGGCUGCGGGCCGACGCUGCAGAGCUCCCGCAGUCUGGACGCCCUGUCGGACAUGAAGCUGCAGCAUCUGGAGGCUGAGCUGGAGGGAGCGCGGCACCAGGUGGAGGGAGCCUGUCAGAGGGAGAAGGAGCUGAGGGCUGAGUUUCAGAGGCUGCAGCAGGAGGUUGCACAGCUACAGGAAGCGCAGAGACAGCCACAGGAGUUGUCCCUACACUGCGAGCACUGUGAUGUAGAGUGGGUAAAAAAAGCUGGGGAUGAACAGGUGAACCUAGCAUUAGCCUACACUGAGCUGACAGAGGAACUGGGUCGGGUCCGCAAUCUGGCUGUGAAACAGAGUGAACUUAUGCGACAUGUCUCACAGGAGCCUGCCUCUCGUCCUAUUCCUGCUCCUCAGCGUCUCUCCCCGACCUCCCCCCAGGGCCCCUCACUGCCACCUGACAGGCUCCUCCCCAACCCUUCUCCUCCUCUGUCCCCAAGAGACGGCCCCACCUCCUACUCCCAUCAGCCGACCUGCAGCCGUCUACGAGCAAAGUUCCAGGGGCGACGUAGUUACUCAGAGGUAGCUGACCCAUCAGGCAUGCACAGGCCCCAGGCUCGGCUGAUGAGAGAUCCAGUAUCCACCCUCCCCAAGCCCAGGCCCCUCCUUGGAGGAAUGCAGGGUUACAGCCAAACCAAAUCUCAACUCCGUACCUCCUUGGUGGGCCUGGUCAGACCGGCUUCAGCUCACGGAGCUGGAGGAGAGAGAGGAGGAGGUGGUGGUGGUAGCAGUCUGAGCAGCAGUCCACGUCACUGUGGUCUGGACCUGGGCUUUCCUCGGGCUGCUGAGGUGCAUCACUUCUGUCGCCUUGAUCACCCGCCUGAGCCAACCCCACUGGUGACACCACCUCAGUCCUCUGAUGAUGAAGAGGAUGUAUGUACAUAUUUAUCGCCGGCUGCCAGCCCGCCUCGGACGCUUGGAACAAUUGGGAUUGGCUCAUUGUCGCCUAGGGAACAGCCCCCACAUCCCUCAUUCCCGUCUCCUAGGAAACAGCUCAAUCAUCCCUCCUUCUCCUCCCCUGAGGGCCCGGCCACCCUCUCUUGCCAUCUGCCUCCCUACAUGAACACUGAGCAUGCUCAGUCAUGGCCCUCCAUUAAUUUAUGGAUGGAGUCUGAAGAGAGUGCUGUUCGCAGCUGUCCUCUGUGUCAGCUGACCUUCCCGACCGGUUACCCUGACGACGCCCUCAUCAAACACAUCGAUUCCCACUUGGAGAACAGCAAGAUCUGACUAUUUUAUCAAGCAUUUUACACCCACUGUCACCUGAGAUGGACACCCGAGCCAUUUUUAUUGUUUUCUAUUGAGGUUUUAUCCAGGAAUGGUUAGAUGAGCCUGCAUGCUUCUUUCUAUGGAGACUGCCCAGUAUAGCUGCAGUCUUCUGGUCCAUGGUUACAUGGUUUCAUGGUUCUGGUUACAUGCCUUGCUCUGGGGGCACUGCCCUCCGUCCUUCCAUCCAGACUGUGGAAUCUAACCAGCGACCUUCCAGUUUACUUCCCUCCGGGUUCAAGAAUUCAUCAUUUUCGGGUUGUGAACCUUUUCAUUUGUGUUGAACAAGAAAGUGUACAUUGCAUAAUAUGUCUAAAAAAAGCUUCAUAAGGAUUCUGAAUCAAAUGGUGAGUUUUACAACCAAACUCUCCAUCUGUACAUAGACCUGCUGAAGAAAGAAAAAGCAGAUGUAGAAAAGACAAUAGUGCUGCAUCUUUCACAGUCUGAGAGCAGCCUGAAUGUUAGGAAAAGUGAUGCAAUAUCAGGAGCAAACCGCUCUCAUGUUGGUUUGUGGAGGAUCAAAAUGACUAUUUUUAAAAUGUUUUCUGGACCUGCAAUAAACUAUUGUGAGGUAAAAUGAUUCAUAGGUGGAAAAAAGUCUGCGGAAGUUAGUUAGUUUGUUACACACUGUUGUUUGGAUGAAAAUUACCACUAGUUGAGAAGUCUAAUAGCCAGUUUCUAACUAUAUGACACAGGCUAUAUUAGAGCAAUGCAUGGUUAAAGUCAGGACAGUGACAGAGAGUGAUCUACAGGCUAAUGGAGCUCCAGAACAAUCUGUAUGUAAACUCAAGAGUGUGAAAUGCUCCAACACUAAGUUAACGGAAAAAAAUAGAGCAAAAAAAAAGCACCUACUUCCAUCUCUUGGUGUGGUAAUAAAAGUGCCUUGGAUAAACAACAACCUAUAUUUUGAAAAGACAGAGAUCCAUUCCCUCUACUUGAAAAUAACAAUACAAAAAAGUAUUUUUUUUUCAUUGUGAAAUGUUAUUUUCCUCAUUAUUGUGUCUUAUCUUAUGGUUAUGACAGUGCAUUUCAUCAACUGUCAUAAUUAUGAGAAAUUAUAAUUACUAAUCUCAAUUAAUUACCAAUCUACUACCAAAUACUUACCAAUCUAAUUAAAAAUCUCAGUAUUGUGGGAGCUUUUAUUUAUUAACUUAUUUAUGACUGCAGUAAGACUUAUUAUCUAUAAUUGUGAUAAUACCUUAUAAUUGUUAGGAAGUAUCUUGUAGCCCUGCUUAUAGUUUUCACUUAAUAUCGUAACUGGGAGAAAAUUAUGACCUGUCAAGAAUAACAAUGGCAUUAUUUUGUCAUAUAAAAAGAACCCUGGCUUUUAAUGUAUCUCAAAAUCCUGACUUAACUCAAAACGUAUGGCAUAUCUCUCCUAAGUCAUAGUUAUCACAUAGUAAGUAAUAAUUAUGUUAUAUCACAUAAUUGACUGUUCGCAUAACUCCUCCCCCGAACGCUCCUCAUCCAAUCAUACCUUAGCAACCGUUACUAAGAGUUACUAAGAAGGUCUGUCAAGCUUUGACCUCUGAGCAACAAGAUGAAACGGUCUGACAUCAGGUACCCUCAGAGUUUAGCAGGAGGAGUCAUUUUUUUCCCUUUUCCCAAACUCAUAAAACAAGAGGAGCAUUGCUGGCUGUGGAUUAAACAGUGAGGGAGAACCCACUCUCAACUUAAUAUCUUGAAAAUCAAAAGACACAUGUCUGCUCCAAGUUAAGCUGCUAGCUAGCAAAGAUGGGCUAACUAACGAUUGUCUAGUUGUUAGAUGAGAUAACACAAACUGGAUUUAACAGCUAUGGUUCCUGUCAACUAGUAUUCUUAGCACUACUAGUGGAUAACUAGUCCAACCAACAAAUUAAUUAAAUUAGGACGCUAAGCUAGCUAGCAAUGUUGCUUGGAGCGUAACAUAAUACAGUGUUGUACAGUGCUAAUAGCUAGCAUCACUGAAUCCCACAUUGGACAGCUUUUAGCUAACAUUCUAUCAAAAAUUCACAUUAAUUACUAAUAUAAAUGAUCAUUUAAUGUUUCCAAUGAAUUAAGUGAUGUGGAACUAGAGUCUAACUUCUUAUCUUUCAAACUGUUUCGCGUUUUGACCAUGUACGUCAGCCUCUAAUCAUUUAACUUUAGUGAAUGCAGGAAAGGACAACAGAGGGCAUAACAUGUUUUAUAAUACUGUCUAACAUUACAUUUUACACCUGAAACAUUCCACACUCAUGAGUUUAUGUAUUCUGUUUUUGGAGAAAUGCAGCUCCACAGGUUUCCCGUGGUACAAUAGAAACCAGUAGAACCAUGACAAAUAUGUCUUCACUUUUCACUCGUGUUGCCUCUGGGCUACUGUGUGGAAACACCUGGACACAUCGUGAGGAAUCUUCUGCAGAUAUUUGACUGACUGAAACAGAUUUUCUGACUAAGCUGUUAUUGUUUCAAGGAUGAAAGCCAAACUUAACUUAAGCAAAAAAAAAAGGUUAUCUAAUGUAUCCAUUGGAGAGAUACAGAUGGAUUUACAGGAUGAUGAGCAGCAGGU